AUGGCUUCCAUCUCAACCCCUCUCUCUUUCCUGUCUACCACCGCCAAUGUCUCCGCAGCCACUUCCUCAUCCUUUACUCUCUUUCCACUUCAACCCAAGAGACACCGCUACCCUAAAUCAAAACGCCACAUUUCCAAAGUGUCAUGCAAUAAUGGCGGUGAUGACAACAUUAUUUCAAAAGGAAACAGGAGGGAUGUCCUGAUUGGCCUUGGAGGCCUUGGCGCCGCUGCUUCUUUCACCUACAACCCUUUCGCCGUGGCUAAUCCGGUGGUUACCGAUCAGAAUUCUUGCGGGCGGCCUAACCUACCGGCAGGUGCAAAACCCAUCCCUUGCUGCCCUCCAAAAGCAACAAAUAUCAGCGACUUUGUGUUCCCCAGUAACCAGCCGUUAAGGGUUAGAAAACCGGCUCAUCUGGUUACCGGUGACGAACUAGCCAAGUACAAGGAAGCUAUUAGGCUGAUGAGAGCCCUCCCUGACGAUGAUCCUCGCAGCUUCACGCAACAAGCCAACAUCCAUUGCGCUUAUUGCCAUGACUCCUAUGCCUUGGAUUCUACUCUUCCCCCACAAGUCAAAGUCCACUUCAACUGGCUUUUCGCUCCUUUCCAUCGCUGGUACCUUUAUUUCUACGAGAGAAUCCUGGGCAGCUUGAUCAACGACCCCACCUUCGCUCUUCCCUUCUGGAACUGGGAUCAUCCCGACGGCAUGGACAUCCCUGCCAUCUUCACCGACAGAAGAUCGUCGCUCUUCGAUGCUAAGAGGAAUGCCAACCAUCAGCCACCUGUUCUCGUUGACUUGGACUGGAACAGGAGGGGCGUUGACACUAGCGGUGAAGUGGACAAGAAUUAUGCCAAGGUUUACAAGUGUAUUGCCGAUGUGAAGGGGCCAGCGUGCUUCUUUGGCUCAUCUUUCCAAGCUGGAGGUGGUGUCUCUUCAGCUGCUGGCUCUUUGGAGACUCUCCACAACACGUGUCAUUCAUGGACCGGUGAUCCAACGGAUCCCAAUGGUGAGGACAUGGGGUCCUUCUAUUCUUCCGGAAGAGAUCCGAUCUUCUACUGCCACCAUUCCAACGUGGACCGCCUCUGGACUAUAUGGAAGGAAAAGUUUGGUGGAGUUGAUUUAAGCGAUAAAGAUUAUUUGAAGUCAAGUUUUCUGUUCUAUGAUGAGAAUAAGAACCUUGUACGAGUCAGGUCCGAACAAUGCCUUGACCAGAGUAAGCUCGGGUAUAAAUACAUGGAUGUUCCCAUUCUAUGGAAGAAUGCGAAGCCAAAACCCGCCACCAACAAAGCUCAAAGGGCAGCACUGGCUCCCACGCCGCUGAACCCUCCGAACCUGCCCUUGGUGUUGAACUCCAUUACGAGCUUUGCUGUGAAGAGGCAGUUUAAGUCGAGGAGCAAGGAGGAGAAGGCGGAGAGAGAGGAGAGUCUGGUGUUUGAUGUUGCGUUUGAUAAGAGCAAAGAUGUGAAGUUUGAUGUGUUGGUGUUUUGGAAGGGAGAUCCGACGCAGGCCACACCCAAGGACAGGGAAUUCGCUGGAAGCUUUGUGAAUGUUUCCCAUGCUCCAAAUGCCAAGGACACAACGGUAAAAUACAUCAUUGGGAUAACGGAUUUGUUGGAUGAUUUGGAAGCCGAUGAUGAAGAUAAUGUUGAGGUAACAUUGGUUCCACAAUAUGGUGUUGUGCCUGUUACAAUAAAUAACGCCUACGUAAGUUACGAUGAAUGUUCAUUCAAAAAAUAA